AUGUGGGGACAUCAACACAGUUGCAGUAAGAACAAUCCGUUGAAGCUAGCAGUGAAGGGAAACUCAAUCCCUACACUUCUCUUCUUCUUCUUUUCCUGUCUCUCUCUCUCUUUGAUCACUGUAUAUUGCGGCAUCGACAUCAAUGUUGAAUGGAAGAAACGAUCCUCCUUGGCAUAUUGGAACCAGCAUUUGUUGUUCUUCAUCUUCCUCGUCGGUAAAUCCCUCAGAAAAUUCAUCAUCUUGGAAACCCUAGAAAUUUUAUACUCCAUUAGACUCAUUGUAAUAGCAGUAAGCGUAAGAAGUACGAGUAAGAGAUAUCUCGACCAAUGGCGUGAUGAUGGAGGCACCAAACAAGAGAUAUCAGGAGCUUUAACAAUCGGUACCCCCCUCUCUCCCCGUGAUCACUCUCUUGUGUCUCAAUCUCAAAACGAAGAAACUCUCAUCCUUUCUUCUUCUUCUUCUUCUUCCCCUGUUUUUCUCAUCUUCCAGGACAAGGAAACUCAAUCCCUACACUUCUCCUCUUCUUCUUCUUUUCCUCUCUCUCUGAUCUUUGUAUAUUGCUGCAUCGACAUCAAUGUUGAAUGGAAGAAACGAUCCUCCUUGGCAUAUUGGAACCAGCAUUUGUUGUUCUUCGUCUUCCUCGUCGCUCUGAAGUCCAAUGCCAGUGGUUGCUGUGUGUUGUUCCUGUUUCAGUUUCUCCCACAUUUGUUGAUGAGUAAUAGGAAAAAAAACAAGAUGGCAUUUGAAUUGUAUGGUAUGCUGGCUGGCAAUGUUAGCUCCAUGACAAAGGAGAAGGUGAAGCCAGCCUAUGGUGGUGAAGAAGAGGCUUUCUUGUGGAAAGUUGUUACUCCUAUAUAUGAAGUGAUUGCAAAAGUUGGGAGGUGGAGGCGUUCCUUGUCUUCAUAUACUUUAAGUUCUAAGUUUGCUUUUGCCAAAUUUUCAGGUUUGAACGUUGUUUCCGAUUAGGUUGGCCAAUGCAUGCUGAUGCAGGUUUCUUUCGUCUGCCUACUGAGUAGCUUCGCCUGGAGAAAAAUGGGGUACAUAUUAGCAGCAUUAAAUUUUAAUUUUUGUGGUUCAGGAUGGGGAAUUCUAAAUGUUUACGUCUUAUGCUGAAUUUGCCUUUGCUUAAUUGGGGUUGACAAAAAGAGAGAGAAAAUGAUUUUCCUGGACCUCUUCACGUUAUUUUUUUAUCGAAAGGUACAUGUAUAUAUAUAAAGAUCAAAUUAUACAGGAUACAUUGGGCAUACCUAGGAGAAAAGGGCCAAUCUAAUGCCCCAAAACAUGAUGCUCGUGUUGGACUAAAACAUGGGGAUACAAAGAAAAAAUAACUUUGUAUACAUGUGUUUUAAUUCGAUGAAUAAAGCAAUUCACAUGAGCCAAUAACCCUAAAAAAUCUUCCUAUUCCGCGCAUUCCAGAUCUGGUAGACAGAGCAGGUGAGAGCAAUUCUCUUUUUUUUACUACGCCAAGAGGUCCCUCGGCCUUCCUUCUUGAUCCACUUUAAAGCACUAACAAUAGUGGACAUGACCCUAGAAAUGCCCAACCAGGCUCUAAUAUGGCCCCAAACCGUAGCACUAAAAGUGCAUUGAAAGAACAAAUGCGGAACAUAUUCCUCCCCAUGCCUACAGAGAGGGCACGUGCUGUCAAUAUCCAAAAAAUGUAGCGUGUCCUUAGUCUAAAGCUUGGACUUAGCGCAUACCCAGAGAAUGAAGGCAUGCUUCGGUGUGAUACAACUGCUCCAUACAACCGCAACCCACUGUCUCUUGGGCCCCUUAACUCUGAAGAAAUUGUAUGCUUCCUGGGUACGAAAUCCUCCUGAACUACCCCAAGAUGUAAUUAGCCGAAUGGCUUUUGAGAUGGACCCCACUGCCUGAAUAAUACGGUCUCUUAUAAGAAGGAUUUUCUUGAAUAGAGGGGAGUCGUCCCUCCUAACCCUCCUCUUCUAGAUGGAUGCGUCCUUAAGAUAUUCAUGACUGACCCAUUUGACCCACAUGGAUAUUCCACAGGGUUUUGCAUAAUAAAGCAUCAUUCCAGAUUUUAAUGUCUUUGAUACCCAACCCUCCCUCCUCCUUGGGGAGGCAGACAUCAUGCCAGGCAACAAGCGAACUCUUAGGUGGUGUUCUCUUCAUGUUUCAUUUUUUAGUUUGAAAUCAUUUUCAGUUUUGUGUUUUAGGUGUCUGUUUUGACAUUUUUGAAAACGCGUUCUUUUUGUUAUUCUGAAAAAUUAUUUCUCAAAACCGAAAACUAGAAAACACGUUUACUUUGAAAUUUUUAAAACGAUUUUUUUUUAUUAUUAUGAUAUUUUAUUGAAUGAAUUUGAUUGAAAGUAAAUUAUAAACAUUUUUCAGUAAAUUAUAAAUUUUGUUCAAAUACUUUAAACUAUAAAAUAAAAUACAAAAAAUAAAAUAAAAAAUCAAAAUCUUAAAAAUAUUAUUUAAAAAAUUAAUACAAAAAAAUCAUAUUACAUAUGCAAAUAAAAUAAAACAAACAAAAUCAAAUAACACAAAAAAAAAAAACAAAAAAAAAAACAAAUCGGGGAUGGGAGCCACACCCAUCUUCUUCCCUCUCUUCCUCACCCACAUUAGGGUUUUCUGCGCAUCCUUGCGCCGUGGCCGCCACCUCUUCCUUUCGUCGCCGGCGCCUCUGUUUCUCCUUAUCAUCGCUGAUUGCCCCAUCUCUUUCCUCACCCAUCAUCGCGGCAGCUCGAUUUUCUUCCUAAACAGCAGCCACGAAGGCUGUUGUUUGAAAGGAAAGGGGGGAGGAGACCAACGCCAUGGCUAAGAAGAGAUGAGAGAGAGAUAGAGAGAGUGAGAAGAGAUGCGAGACUGGAGGGGUCGGAUCUGGUUCUGCCAUGGCGAGAAGAGAGGAGGGGUCGGAUCUGGUUCUGCCAUGGCGAGAAGAGAGGAGAGAGUGAGAAGAGAUGCGAGACUGUUGUUGGGGGGGGGGGGGGAGGUGCUAUGUGCAUUUUCUGUGUUUUGGUUUUUCCUGUGUGUUUUCAUAGAAAACGCUCAAAACAACAAAAUAUUGUUUUAGGUUUUCUUUACAAUUUUUUUUUUUGUUUUGGAAAAUGCAUUUUUGAAAACAGAAAAGAGAACGCAUUUUCAGUGUUUUGAAAAACUGAAAACUCAAAACGGGUUGAAAACAACAAAGAGAACAGGGCCUUAGAGUUCCACAAAAACAUCCUACAAAUCCGAUAGACCCUCUCGAUGUUAGUAGUAGGAAUAGGGAGAAUAGAUAACCAGAAACAUUUAACCCCUUGAAGGACCGAUCGAAUAAGCUCCGCACAAACCCGCAUAAGAGAGAGAAGUUGCAGUCCAAGCGUUGAUAUACGCAGCAAUUUUGUCCACACGUGGAGCAUAAUGGAUGACCUUGAACUUCUUCGCUGCAAGAGGAAUACCCAAAUACUUGAAGGGCAUAGUGCCUUUGGGAAAUCCGGAUAGACCUAAGAUAUCAUCCAACUCUUAGCCAAAAAUACCAGCUGUAAAGAUGUUAGAUUUUCUCACAUUUGCACUUAGCCCAAAACAUUUUUCAAAGCUGGAAGGCAAUCCAAUAAUAUUCUAACAGAGGUAACAUCACCUCGG